AUGGCAACACCGGUGCAAGUAUGUUCGCCAGGAAGCGCCCAACCCACUGAUCUGGGCCGUAUUGUGCGCCUCUGGGGGAUGGAUCCCUCAAGUCUUCCACCUGCAGCCUCUCCCUCUCCGAGCGAGGACUUGGUUCCUUUCCUCACUUGUGUUUUCGAAGAAGCUGCUAGUUUUGUCGACAAAGUGCCUACAGCUCCCUGCUCUAAUGGAUCCGCUUGGAUCCCAGAGAAGACCAGAACUUUUGACAACUCCGACGCGCCAGUUGACACGUUUAAACGGAUUGUGCCAGCCAGCGACCUCAGAGCUAUAGCUGACGGCAACGUGGUCGAGUUGCGUCCCGAGACAUGGUUUGUACGACGCAGUGUUCACAGGGACGAUCAGAAGCCAGGGACUGCAAGCUGGAGCGAGUGGGUUCGGCAUCUUUUGGACGAUGGUGCCAAUUCAGAGAGGGCUUUCACCCCGAGUACGGUGGUGCACACCCGCCGCAUCAAGACUUGGGCAUGUCAAGAUUUGAAAGUCGUACAAGGAGACCACACGUGGACGAACGUGACAAUGGCAUGGGAGGAGUCGGUCCAGAAACUCCCGUGGCCAUUGAAGAAGCGCGUUUUCCCGGUAUUGCGAGUCACGGCCUCUGAUGAGAACCACAAAAGCCGCGCCGAAUUCCUCGUUAUACAGAUUGCUUUGAGGGAUGAAGGCGCGGCGGAUCGACACAUGGCGGUUGUAGGUGCCUACACCAGCAUAGAGAGGCUACGACAUACCAUGUUUGGCGUUGAAUGGACCAUGGGCACCGUGUCUGAUUACAGGGGCAGGCUGCCAGUUUGGCUUCAAAAAUGUUGCGCACCAAGACAACUCGCCAAGGGUGUUGACGUGUUCCUUAAAUGGGUGGCUGCUCAAAGGACCAUGAUGACGGCUUCGGCGGGAGGAGAUGAAGGCGAUUUGCUCGACAGGGAAGGGCGAAGGGUCAAGAAAGUGGCCACCUUUCGGAUAUAA